GAUGCCUAUAUAGCCAGCCACUGGACAGACCGUUCCAGUCGUGGUCUCUCGUCUCAGGAUCUGCCCGCUUCUCCCUUUUUUCCCCCUUUUUCGUCAAUUAUCCUCGGACUAGCCUCGAUUCUUACGAGAGCGCGGUACUCGCGAUACUUGCCGCGACAUGCCGCUCGCUUAACCGAUCUGUCCCACUCGACGUGCGUCGAUCAGCCUUGAGGAGCCCGAACUGCCGCGAAGCGACUGGUUCGCCGGUGGUAGCGCACGGCCAGGCGAGUCUGUCGCUCACGCUCGUGACGAUAAGGAUUCCUCGGUAUGUUCUCCGGGACGUAGGGGUUCCUCGGCUCGAGGAGCGCGGUUCUCGUGUCCAUUCGUCGUCGACGGCUGCGGAGGAGCGCGUCUAGUUGCGCGACGGACGUCAUCGAGAUUUCGCGCGGCGCGCCGUCCAGCAUCCACACCGAAGGCUGGAGCCGAGUUGCAGCGGUUGCGACCCGAAGAAAGCGGUGCCGUCUCUGCCUCUUCGAGGAGCCUCCUCGGGGACUCGGAUCGCCGGCGACAUGCCGCCGCAGGAGAAGUUCUCCACGUCAGUGAACGGGGACCUGGGCUCGAAGGACACCAGCCCGGACGGUCUCUCGAUGUCUUGCCGGGACUCGUCCUCCGAGGGCUUUCCCACGGCCAGCGAGAAGUCCGUCAAGACCCGCCGCAAUGGCCAUCGGCCGAGUAACGGCCAGCAGGACGCCGAGCAGCCCAAGGAUAUGGAUUUUGACGAGCUGUUGCCGCACGUCGGCGAGUUCGGCACCUACCAGAGGAUCCUGUUCGUCAUGAUGAUCCCGUUCGCUUUCUUCGUCGCCUGGGUGUACUUCUCGCAGAUAUUCAUCACCCUCGUGCCGGAAGAGCAUUGGUGCCGCGUGCCGGAACUGGAGAACCUCACGGCCGCGGAAAGGAUCGCGUUGGCGAUACCGCCCGGCGAGGACGGCCGCUCGAGAUGUACGAUGUACGACGUGAAUUACACGGAGCUGCUGUUGAGCGGAAUCCGCGAGGCCAACCUGAGCUGGCCGACGAAGGGUUGCACGCACGGCUGGGAGUUUAAUUUUACUGACAUCCCCUACGAGACUGUGGCGACCGAGUUGGGAUGGGUGUGCGAGAACAGCGCGUUGCCGACCACGGCCCAGAGUAUCUUCUUCGUCGGCGCGAUCUUCGGCGGCCUGAUCUUCGGGUGGAUCGCCGACAGGUACGGUAGGAUACCGGCGUUAGUCGGUGCCAAUGUCACCGGUUUCUUGGCCGGCGUCGCGACCGUGUUGGCAGGCAGCUUCUGGGAGUUCGCGUUAUGCCGAUUCUUCGUGGGCUUCGCCUUCGAUAACUGCUUCACCAUGAUGUAUAUAUUAGUAUUGGAAUACGUGGGACCUAAAUGGCGUACCUUUGUGGCGAAUAUGUCAAUCGCUCUCUUCUUCACGUUUGCCGCCUGCAUCUUGCCUUGGAUCGCGUAUUUCUUAGCCGACUGGAGGAUGACGUGCAUCAGCAUCUCCGUUCCUUUAGCAUUGGCUGUGGCGGCGCCCUGGUUAGUGCCGGAGAGCGCGAGGUGGCUCGUCAGUCAGGGUCAGGUGGAGAAGGCCAUCAAGAUCCUCGGUAAAUUCGAACGCAUCAACGGCACAAAGGUGCCCGAGAACGUGUACCAACAUUUCCGCGAAACUUGCGCCAGAGUGUGUAAGGAGCAAGAAGCAGACAAAGCAUACUCCGUGUUGGACUUAUUCAAGAGCCCGCGCUUGCGAAACAUCACGAUUCUUCUUAUUUUUAUCUGGAUGGCGAUAUCGCUUGUAUUCGACGGUCACGUACGAAACGUGAACAAUCUCGGUCUCGAUGUCUUUAUGACGUUUACUAUCGCGGCGGCCACCGAAUUGCCCGCCGACACGUUCCUCACCCUCGUUCUGGAUCGAUGGGGCAGGAGAUGGUUGGCUUGCGGCACUAUGGUUAUUUCCGGGAUUUUCAGCAUCUGGGCCAGCGCGGUUUCAAACAAUAUUUACUCGGCCACCUUGGCGAUAAUUGGUAGAUUCUGGGUGAACAUUUCGUACAACAUCGGUCUCCAGUACGCGGCUGAGCUGUUGCCGACGGUGGUAAGAGCUCAAGGGGUCGCCUUGAUCCACAUUAUGGGAUACGUCGCCAGCAUUCUCGCGCCUUUCGUCGUUUACUUGGACAUCGUCUCACCUAUUUUGCCACUGUUGGUCCUCGGCAUUAUGGGUAUCUUGGGCGGUCUCCUGACGUUAUUUUUGCCCGAGACGCUCGACAAGGAUCUGCCGCAGACCUUGCAGGACGGCGAAGACUUCGGAAAGGAUCAGAAAAUGUGGGAUAUGCCGUGCCUCCCGAAGAAAUCCGCGGCUGAAGAGGCACCGCCCGUGGCGAUCUUCCGGUCCUUCGAACGCAGCAGUUUGCGAAACUCGAUGAGAGCGUCCACGCGUGGCGAGCCCUUGAGGAGCAGCAUGAUACAGAGAUCGAGCAUCAGGUCGCGCAAGGGCGUUCCUGGUCCGGAAAAGCCAGCGGAAACGGAGGGCGUCUGAAAGCACCGUGAUACGUAGUCCUGUUCCUGAAUAAUCGGGCGUAUCCGUCGGCGAUACCGUCGCUCUUUCAUAAUCGUGUGAUACCGGAGCUACCAAAAUCAAAUGAUACCCGAUGCACAUAUCUCCAUUGAUCUUCCGAUAGCGUAUUUUCUCCGUGAAAAGAAAAAGAGUCAGGGCAUCGCAUCGCAUGCUCCAUACGUUUCACUCGUGAUAGAGCGUUUUUACGCGAUUAGCAAUUGUAUAUCAAAUUCUAUGUGUGUGACGUCUCUGAAGUCCGACUUGGAUUUCAAGUAAAUUAUGUAGAUAUUUUAUGGACAAUCGUGCAGUAUCAAUGUAGAGAAAAAGAGAAAUAGAAAGAGAGAGAGAGAGAGAGAGAGAGAGAGAGAGAGAGAGAGAGAUUUACAAAAUUUUUUUACUAACUUAUCCCGCACUUGUAUUUAGUAAUAGAGAGAAAGAGAAAGAAAAAUUAGUUCCCGCGAAUUUGUGUCUAGAACAUGCAAACGUUUUAUUGCGAAAAUGUGUCCCUCGAGAGAAAAAUUCAAGUUCCAAAUGUGUGUGCCAAUUCGAGUCCAAGAAUGUCGACCGUAUUGAGAGGUAAACACGACGAAUAGGAAAAAGCGAUACGUAUAGGGGAGAUCUGAUCUAAAUGACCUCAGAAAUAUGUUGCGCAUGUUCUUAGUAUUUAUCUUGAGAGGAAUAGUGAAUAUAAAAUCGUAAAAUGGUCUUGGAUAUUUCUUCUCCCGAAUUUUAUUAACAUCGGAAUAAUAUUAUAAUUAAAAAAUAGAAAAAACUGAUUUAGUAGUAGCAAAAUAAAUUUUCGAGCCUCUCAAGAGAAAUUUUGUAUUAAUAUUCUCCAUCGUGAAUGAAUAAAACGAUAUAUUACUAGCUAGAAUGAAGUUUUUUGCAAGUAUGAUAUACUGUUUUGGAUAAUAAAGGCAAUUUUCAUUCAUAGAAUGAAUAAAAUUAAGCAUAUAUAGACAGACGAGGUAAAGUUGGUCCAUAAUUAAAAGCCCGCAGGAAAGCUGUGGAGUGAAUUUUCGAACCUCUCGCGAAAACACUGAAAAUACUGUAAAUCUGAAUACAUACUUUAUAUGUAACUUUCUUUAUUCUGUGCUACUGGACUACUGAACAGAGCAAGAUGGCCAUGUUGUUGCAUGUUUGUGUGUAUUUUGGUUAUUGCAAAACAAAAAUAUACGGUCAAAAGGAUUGUGCAAAAUAUCAGCAUAUAGAAAGAGAGUGCCUCUAUCAUGUUUGUAUAAUUAAUCACAAUAAUCAGUUGUCUAAGAAGUUGUAAAUUCGAAAUUCUAAAGUAUAUGGGGCAUCUAGCCCCGGUUUCUAGAGAUGUGUAAACUAUUCGAAUUCGAAUCGAAUCGAAUCAAGUGAAAUUCGAUUCGAUUCGAAUUUGAAUCCCUAUGAUUUAAAUCUGAAUAAUUCGAAAAUUUCUAAUAAAAA